UCGUAUUUCUUGAUAAUUAUUAUCAUGAAUGAUGAGUAUAUUGUGAAAACUGUUCUUCAUGCUGGAUCAGAAAUCAUUAAUUUUAUAUCAGGAACAAAGGUUAUAUUUCACUUUAGAACUACAAAAUGUGAUUUUGACAAAACAGUGAUAGAUGACAGUAAGACAAUGGGAAAUCCAAUGGAACUUAUAUUAGGGAAAAAAUUUAAAUUAGAAGUAUGGGAAGCAAUUAUACAAAAAAUGGCAUUAAACGAAGUUGCCUGUUUCAAAGUGCAUAAAAGUCUAGUGACUACAUAUCCUUUUGUCUCUAAGACAUUAAGAGAGGCUGGCAAGCCUCAGUCACAGAAACGUAAUCACCAUUGUUGUGGCGUUACUCUUCAAAAUGAAGGCAUUGGUUACGCUGAUUUGGAUGAACUUAUAAAAUGUCCUCAGGAUCUGGAAUUUACAUUAGAACUUAUUAAAGUGGUAUUGCCAAAUGAGUAUGAGAAAGAGUCAUGGCAAAUGACAGAGAAUGAGAAACUGGAAAGUAUUCCGCAUCUGAAAGAAAAGGGAAAUGCUUUAUUCAGAGAAAAAAAAUAUGACAAUGCAUCUGAAAUAUAUGCAAAGGCUAUUGGAAUAUUGGAACAACUCAUGCUAGCUGAAAAACCAAAUGAUAAAGAAUGGUUAACUUUGAAUCAAAUGAAGACACCAUUGCUUUUAAAUUAUGCACAAUGUAAACUGUUAAAUAAAGAGUAUUAUUCCGUUAUUGAACAUUGUACAACAAUUCUGAAAACAGAGCCAGAUAAUAUAAAGGCCCUUUAUCGAAGAGGUAAAGCAUACAUUGGUGCAUGGGAUGAAAAAAAUGCUAUUAGAGAUUUAAGGAAAGCUGCUGAAAUUGAUUCUUCUCUACACAAUACUGUCGAAAAGGAGUUACAGGCAUUUGCAGUAGCUAUUAAAGAGAAGGAUAGUGUACAAAAAGAGAAAUUAUCUAAAAUGUUUAAAUCAAUAUGU